UCUAAAUCUAAUAGUCUAUUACAUAGGUUGAUUGAAAACAAGGAGAUAAUUUUCUUAAAUUCAUGGGGAAAAAAAUAUAGAAAAUUUUCCAUAAGAUGAAUGGUUAAGCCGAGUUGUGUGAUCGAGUAGGAUAACAUCACAUGGUCACAUAAUCAUUGGUCAAGCAUCCAUAUGGAAAUAUGGGAAGCUGGGAACAUCUGUAGCGGGUCCCACAUGGGAGAAUGAUCUAACUUGCCAAUAAGUGAUUUCUUCCUGGUUUUGCAAAUUCUCUCAGCAUUCCUCUAUCCAAUAUAAUUAAGCAAACUAAUAUAGGAAUGAUGUUAAAUGAACAGAGUAACCACCCAAAGUAGACAGAUUAUAAGAUGGAUUUUACUUCAAAAAGUAAGGUGCUGUUGUUGAUUUUUGGAACUCAUUAUUCUCCCUACAGGGCUGUUAUGGGUGCACUUCCAAAUCUCAGGUCCAUCUCAGAGGCAAUGGUUGUUGCAUCACAUAUAUUCGAGAUGAUUGAUCGGCUACCAACCAUCGAUCUUGAUGACCAAACAGGGUUGACCCUAGAACAUGUGAGAGGAGAGAUCGAGUUUAAGAUUGUCGAUUUUGCAUACCCAUCACGACCAGAUUCCCCUGUUCUACAAGGUUUUGAUCUUAAAGUGAUUGCUGGUAUGACCAUAGGCUUGGUUGGCAGCAGUGGUUCUGGUAAAUCUACUGUCAUCUCAUUGCUCGAAAGGUUCUAUGAUCCAUCGAGAGGAGAAAUCCUCUUCGAUCAGAUGAAUAUCAAGAGACUCCAAUUGAGAUGGUUGAGAUCUCAAAUGGGUCUAGUCAGCCAAGAGCCGAUCCUCUUCGCAACUUCCAUAAAAGAGAAUAUGUUGUUUGGCAAUGAUGCGGCUACCAUGGAGCUUGUUGUUAGAGCAGCCAGGGUUGCUAAUGCACAUGAUUUCAUUACUAAAUUACCCGAUGGAUAUGAAACACAAGUGGGGCAAUUUGGAGUCCAAAUGUCUGGAGGACAGAAGCAAAGGAUCUCAAUAGCAAGGGCCUUACUCAAAGACCCAAGAAUACUAUUGCUCGACGAAGCUACUAGUGCAUUGGAUGCAGAAUCUGAAAGCGCUGUGCAAGAUGCAUUGGAUCUGGCUUCGGUAGGAAGAACAACGAUAAUCAUCACCCAUCGCCUCUCCACAAUCCAUAAUGCGGAUUUGAUUGCGGUUCUCCAAUCGGGGAAAGUGGUCGAAUCAGGUUCUCAUCAUCAGCUCAACCAAGUGAGCAAUGGGGCCUAUUCUGCGAUGUUGCAAUCACAGCAAUCAAUCAUGAAAAAUGAAGACUCCACUACUAAUUCUCCGGAAAAAGAAGGAAGCAAUAAUCAUAAGAUGUUAAACAGCAAGAAUUCAAGCAUUAUAGGUUUGAGCAAUUGUAGCCCAUCACCUUCGUCCAUCCAGGCAAGCAGCCCAUCACCAUCGUCGGUCAUCCAAGGUCAUCACCCCAAUAGUCCUAAGGAAGGAAGCUCCAUGAAAUCUUCCAUGGGUUCUCCUUCUCAAUGGAGGAUGAUGAAAAUGAACUCACCAGAAUGGAAGAGAGCCAUGCUUGGAUGCUUGGGCGCGAUUGGUUUUGGAGCAGUUCAGCCCCUACAUUCGUACUGCAUGGGGUCAGUUGCUGGUGUUUACUUAAAAAAUGACAAGGGUCUCAUCAGAUCAGAGAUCAGACUAUAUUGCUUCUUCUUCUUGGCUAUAGCAUUUGUUAGCAUAGUCAGCAAUCUUAUCCAACAUUACAACUUUGCAAUCAUGGGGGAGCGUUUAACUAAAAGGAUAAGGGAGAAAAUGCUCCGAAGAAUGCUAACUUUUGAGAUUGGGUGGUUCGACCGAGAUGAGAACUUGAGUGCAGUGAUCGUUGCAAGGCUAGCCACCGAAGCUAAUGUGGUCCGGUCGCUCAUUGGUGAUCGUUUGUCCUUGCUUAUACAGGUCACUAGUACAGCUUCCUUGGCAUUCAUAAUGGGCUUGGUGAUCGCAUGGAAGGUAGCGAUCGUCAUGAUCGCAAUGCAGCCUUUAAUCAUAUCAUGCUUCUAUUCAAAGCGGGUGUUAAUGGCGAACAUGUCUGCAAAAGCACGAAAAGCGCAAAAUGAAGGCAGCCAAUUAGCAAGUGAGGCUGUGGUUAACUACAGGACAAUCGCAGCAUUUUCUUCACAGAAAAGGGUGUUGGACCUUUAUGAAAUUGCUUCGAAAGGCCCAAAGAGAGAGACCAUGAAACAUUCAUGGUUCGUUGGCCUCGGCCUCUCCAUCUCCCAAUUUGUCACCACAGCCAGUAUAGCCAUAACCUUCUGGUAUGGAGGGAGGUUGGUGCUUCAAGGAGAGAUAAUCCCCAAACAUCUACUUCAGGUUUUCUUCACCUUGAUGGGCACAGGCAAGGUCAUUGCAGAUGCUGGCAGCAUGACUUCUGACUUAGCCAAGGGAAGUGGUGCUGUCCAAUCAGUUUUUGAAAUUCUAGAUAGAAGGAGCGAAAUCGAGCCUGAUGACCCUAAAGGAAUCAAACCCAGGAAGAUGAUCAAGGGCCAUGUUGAGCUAAAGAAUGUGUUCUUUUCUUAUCCUUCAAGGCCUGGACAGAUGAUAUUCAGAGGACUCUGUCUCAAGAUUGAAGCUGGAAAGACGAUAGCAUUGGUCGGUCAGAGUGGUUCCGGAAAAUCUACCCUUAUCAGUCUGAUCGAGAGAUUCUAUGACCCGUUAAAAGGUUCAGUGGAGAUCGACGGACAGGACAUCAGGAGCUUUAAUUUGAGGCAUUUGAGGUCGAAUAUCGCAUUGGUUAGCCAGGAGCCAGUUCUUUUUGCAGGUACGAUCCGCGAGAACAUUGCAUAUGGAAAUGAGAAUGUGACUGAAACGGAGAUAGCAGAGGCUGCGAAUCUUGCCAAUGCUCAUGAAUUCAUAAGCUCCAUGCAAGAUGGGUAUGAAACAUAUUGUGGAGAAAGAGGAGUUCAGAUCUCAGGUGGUCAGAAACAAAGGAUUGUAAUUGCUCGAGCUAUGCUCAGGAAUCCAGCAAUCCUACUCUUGGAUGAGGCUACCAGUGCAUUAGAUGCUGCAUCAGAGAGCUUAGUACAAGAAGCCUUGGAGAAGAUGAUUACAGGUAGGAGAACGUGUGUAAUUGUUGCUCAUCGACUUUCCAUGAUUCAGAAGUUGGAAUCUAUAUCAGUGAUAAAAGAUGGAAAGAUUGUUGAAGAAGGCUCACAUUCUCAUCUAAUGGCUAUAGGAGAUGGUGGCUCUUACUACUCUCUCAUGAAACUCCAAAACCAAAACAAAAUCAUCAUAGAAUAGAAUAGAAUCUACCCAAGAGCUAAAUCACGAAGAAGAAGAAAAUGUAGUUCUAUACAAGUGAAAUUUGGUUGUAGUUGCACCUAUAUGUUCUGUUCAAAAACCCGAGUUUAAACUCGACUCAAAUCUACUUGAUAUUUAAUACUUAAAACUAAUAAAUGUUUAGAUUAAUAGCAGAUGUAUAAGAUAGUAACUAAUUUUUUCAUAAAAGCAUUGGAUGCCAAUGUGGUAUGAUGUCUUUUUUAUUUUUAUUUUUAUUUUUUAAAAUUAAAAUGCCUUUUAACAACUCACCCUACACGGUGCAGCCCUGAGCGUGGGGCCUACCUUGAUGUAUAUAUUUUAUAUCCAUGCUGUCCGUACAUUUUGCCAGCUCAUUUCAGGGCAUGAUUCCAAAAAUGAAGCAGAUCCAAAUCUCAGGUGGACCACACAACAGGAAACAGUGGUGAUUGACUAUUAAAAAUUUCUUGUGGGACACAAAAGUUUUGGAUGAAGUAGGUAUUUGUUUUUCUCUCUUCAUCCCGGUCUGUGUGACCUUAUCAACAGGUUGGACGGAAAAUUAAUAUUAUGAUGUGGUCCACUUGAGAUUCGGAUCUGCUUCUUUUUUGGGCUCAUGCCCUAAAAAUGAGCUGGAAAAACAGAUAGCCAUAUAGCAAGGUAGGCCCCAUAUAUCAUGGGUUAGGCUUGGCAACAUGGUUCAUGGAACAAUGGACAAAUAUGCUUCCAAGAAAAUGGGAAUUCUCCUUUUAUGUUUUGACAAUGGAGGAAAAGAUUUUGAUUGGUAAUUUGGACGGUCCAUCAUGUGGGGUCACCUUGAUUUCUGAUCGAAUCAUCCUACCCAUCCAAUUAACGCCUAAAAAAAUGGACAAUCUACAUUGAUUAUCAAUAGAGAUCUUAUCAUUGAUAUGAACUGUCCAUCACA